AUGGCUUCCCCGGAUGUGGCCGUGCUGUCGGUGAAGAUUGCCAAGCAGCGCAAACCUCGCCCAGCCCAGCUGCGGAAGGAAGGCAGAAUCGACAACUGUGCCGCCAUCCAGGAGCCAGCCGCACCUCGACAAGUACAGCAAGAAGUUACGAAGCAGAUUGAG